CGACGCGCCCAUGCCGCUUGUGCGUUGUUACGGACCGAUAUUUUGUCACUCUCUAUUAAAUUAACAAAACGACCACUCGAAAGUUAGUUUUCAACUAGGCAUUAAAAGGAUAUUUGUUUAUUUAUUAAUUCUUGUUUGUGAAUUAUUCCCGAUCGUCGCCAACGUGGGAAUAACACUCUUUGGAGCAGAGAAUCAACAUCUCAGGAUUACGUCCACGCGAUAGCUUCUUGUCCACGGAGCUACCACGUCUGAUAAAUCCCCAAAGACCGCGCAAACAUUGAAAUCCACUAAACAGGAACAACAAUGCCAGCUCGUUUCGAAGCCAUGAACAAUCCAAUGGUGCGCGAGCCAUCAGCCAUGACAAACGGAGUGCCCCUCUCAUCCGACGAUGACAUCGUCAUCAGUGGAGUUUCUGGUCGCUUCCCCGAGUCCGAGAAUAUCGAAGAGUUCAAACGAAAUCUCUUCGAGGGCAUCGACAUGGUGACCGACGACGAGCGUCGUUGGGCACGCAAUCUCCACGGUUUGCCAGCGCGCAAUGGCAAAAUAAAGGAUCUAUCAUCAUUCGAUGCACAAUUUUUCGGUGUCCAUGCAAAACAAGCAAACGUCAUGGACCCACAGUUGAGACUACUGCUCGAGUUAACCCACGAAGCUAUUAUCGACGCUGGUAUCAAUCCAGUUGAUAUCAGGGGCUCCAAGACUGGUGUCUUCAUUGGUGUAUCAGAAUCAGAGAGUCAACAACACUGGAAUGCUGAUCCAGAAAAAGUCACUGGCUACGCACUCACCGGAUGUUGCCGUGCCAUGUUUCCGAAUAGAAUCUCCUACACAUAUAACUUCACGGGUCCAUCAUUUGCAGUGGACACAGCCUGCUCAUCCUCCCUCUUUGCAAUGCAGCAAGCCAUAUUAGCAAUGCGAUCAGGCCAGUGUGAUGCUGCCAUAGUUGGUGGUUGCAAUCUCGUUCUCAUGCCAACAACAUCACUACAAUUCCAUCAUCUUAGCAUGCUCUCCAAGGACGGUACUUGCAGAGCAUUCGACGCCUCAGGCAGUGGUUACGUCCGUUCUGAGACCGUUGGUGUCAUAUACCUACAGAAGUCUCGUGAUGCUCGACGUGUAUACGCAACCGUUGUCCACUCUAAAACUAACGUCGACGGGUGGAAAGUAAUGGGUAUCACCUAUCCAUCUGGAGAUAUGCAGAAUAAACUCAUGCGUGAAGUUUACCAAGAAUCUGGUGUUGAUCCAGCUGAUGUUGUCUACGUUGAGGCACACGGUACAGGCACCAAAGUCGGUGAUCCACAGGAGGUGAACUCGAUAGCUGAACUCUUCUGCAAGAACAGAACAGCUCCCCUUCUCAUCGGAUCAGUUAAAUCUAAUAUGGGCCAUGCUGAGCCUGCCAGUGGUGUAGCAUCGAUCGUCAAAGUACUCAUUGCCAUGGAGUCGGGUAUUAUUCCCCCAAAUCUUCACUUCAAGGAUCCAAAUCCAGAUCUCACAGCGUUGAUUGAUGGACGAAUCCGUGUUGUUGAUAAACCCAUGCCCUGGAGUGGUGGACUCGUUGCUGUUAAUUCUUUUGGCUUUGGUGGUGCCAAUGCUCAUGUUAUUCUCAGAAGCAAUCCAAAACCCAAAGCACUGCCUGUUCUCAAUGUACCAAUUCCCAAGAUCGUUGGUGUAUCAGCCAGAACUCCUGACGGUGUCAAUCGCUUCUUGGAUAAAGCGCAGGAGCACUCGAAGGACGAUGAGUUUAUUGCUCUGAUUCACGGUCUUCACAAUAAGAAUAUUACGGGACAUUCAUAUCGAGGCUUUCAGAUUCUGGGAGAUGCCAAUGUUCGAGAGGUCACUCAGGUGAAUUUAGCGACUCCAAAGCCCAUUUGGUUUGUGUUCUCGGGUAUGGGAACGCAGUGGGCUGGGAUGGGAAGGGAGUUACUUCCCAUUGAGACGUUCCAGACGAGUUUGAGGAGAUGUGCUGAGGCACUGAAGCCUGUUGGAAUUGAUCUGUUUGAUCUGAUUCUCAAUGGAACGGACAAAACCUUCGAGAAUGUUCUCCACAGCUUUGUCUCAAUCGCUGCCAUUCAGGUUGCUCUUGUCGAUGUUCUAGCAAUGUUGGGAAUAACUCCUGAUGGAAUUGUGGGACACUCGGUGGGGGAGCUUGGUUGCGCCUACGCCGAUGGUACAUUCACCCCAGAGCAGACUGUUCUCGCUGCCUACUGGAGAGGAAAGAGUAUCGACGAGUCCAAGUUGCCACCUGGAGCCAUGGCUGCUGUCGGUCUCAGCUGGGAAGAGGCCACUAAGAGAUGCCCUCCCGAUAUAUCACCAGCUUGCCACAACUCCAGUGACUCGGUCACCGUAUCUGGGCCCGUUGAAUCCAUCAAUAAGUUCGUCGAACAAUUGAAGAAAGAGGAGAUCUUCGCUAGAACUGUCAACAGCUCUGGGGUUGCCUUCCACAGCAGGUACAUUGCGUCAGUUGGGCCCAUUCUGCGAACUGUCCUCGAGAAGCUGAUUACCAAUCCCAAGCCAAGAUCCUCGAAGUGGAUUUCCUCGUCCAUUCCUGAAGCAGCUUGGGGCACACCUCUCGCACAGUACAGCUCAGCUGCUUACCAUGUUAAUAAUUUACUGUCACCAGUUCUCUUCCAAGAGGCUUUGAAACACGUUCCCAAUGAGGCUGUCGUCAUCGAGAUUGCACCCCACUGUCUCCUCCAAGCGAUCUUGAGGAGAUCUCUACCAACUGCAACACCAGUUGGUCUUCACAAGAAGGAUCACGGUAAAAAUCUGGAAUUGUUCCUGACGAGUUUGGGAAAGAUAUACAAUGCCGGAGGUCAGCCCAUAUUCAGCAAACUUUAUCCACCUGUGAGUUAUCCAGUUGGUAGAGGCACACCAAUGAUAAAUUCAUUGGUCGGUUGGGAUCACUCAACACCUUGGGAUGUUGCCAAUUUCUCUGGCAAGUCUGGUGGAUCAGGAGAAGCAGUUGUAGAGAUUGAUUUGUCCAAGGAGGAGCACGCUCACUACGCUGGUCACACAAUCGACGGAAGAGUGUUGUUCCCAGCAACCGGGUACUUGUUCCUUGUCUGGAAGACUUAUGCCAAAAUCCAUGGCCUCGACUUCGAGAAGACUCCCAUAAUUCUGGAGGGCGUCCAGUUCCACAGAGCCACGAUAAUGCCCAAGGAUGGAACUGUCAGAUUCCUCAUCAACAUAUUCGAUGGCACUGGUGACUUUGAGAUAUGUGAGGGUGGUUCGCCAGCAGUGACUGGUAAAAUCCGACAAUCAGAGAACAUCGAGAGGGAUCAAUUGGACCUGCCACCACCGCCUACUAAAAAUGAGCCGAACCUUCUGAGACUGACGUCAAACGAUAUCUACAAGGACCUCAGACUCCGUGGCUACGAUUACUCUGGAAUUUUCCAGGGGGUCAAGUCAUCCGACAAUCAUGGAAUCUCUGGGGAACUGGCCUGGGUCAACAACUGGGUCUCGUUCAUGGACACCAUGCUGCAGUUUAGCAUUUUGGGGAAGGACACCAGGGAUCUGUACCUCCCUACGAGACUCCAGUACGCUGUCAUCAACCCGAAAGCUCAUCUGGAGAUGGCUGAGAACCUUGGUGAAAACGAGGGCUUCAAAGUUGACUCGUACGUGGAUAUUGGUGUCAUCAAAUCUGGAGGUGUUGAGAUGAGGGGAAUGAAGGCGUCAUUGGCACCGAGGAGGCAGCAGUCCCAGGCACCACCCAAGCUGGAGCGUUACACAUUCGUACCUUACGACAACACCCAGGUACUCGUGGAGGACCCAACGAAGGCACGUCUUCAUGCUCUGACAGUUCUCCUUCAAAUUGUCAAUCAGAAUCUUGGGCUUUUGAAGAUAAAGGGAGUCGAGGUCUCUGGUGAACGAAGUGUAGAGUCUCUUCUGGCUCCAAUGGUCCUGGACAUUCUGCAAUCAGAGCCAAGUUUGAGUGUGGAACUUCAGCUUGCCACAGCUACACCAGAAAUGUACGCAUCAAUGAUGGAUCAGUGGGGCGUUAAAGCCACAGCCAAGGACGUCUCCAGCACACCUAUUGGCCAAGAACUUCACCUCGCAAUAGCAGCCGAUAUUUUGAGCAACGGGGAUUCAGCUGCACUUCACAAUCUCGCGGCAUCUCUCAAGCCUGGUGGCUUUUUACUCCUCGAGGAAACAGGAACACCCCAGAAAUCUCAUCUGAUAAAAGCUGGUUUGACGUUGACAGCUUCACAAGUUGUACCUGGAAAAAUGUAUCUACUGCUGAAGAAGAAACAGGAGACAGAGGCUGCAAUAAUCAUUCAGAUAACAGAGAAGAAUUUCUCGUGGUUGGAGGGAUUGAAGGCAGCCCUGAAGCAAGCGGUUGGGGGCCAACAGGUCUUACUGGUAUCCCAGGGAGAGGAGACACUCGGUCUCAUUGGUCUCAUGACUUGCAUCAGAAGGGAGGAGGGUGGCCACAACGUGCGUUACGUCUUCAUUCAGGACAAGAAUGCACCCAAGUUCUCUCUGACAAAUUCAUUCUACUCUGAACAAUUGGACAAGCAGCUGGUGGCUAAUGUUCUCAAGGGCAACCAGUGGGGAAGCUAUCGACAUCUUCGUCUUGAUCAACAGAAUGACGUCUCCUCCCUUCAUGUGGAGCACGCUUACAUAAAUGCUCUUACUCGCGGUGAUCUCAGCAGUCUGAGGUGGAUCGAGGGACCUCUAAGCUACUACCAGCCAGAGAAGUAUCCAGAUGUUGAACUUUGCAGUGUUUACUAUGCUCCCCUGAACUUCCGUGACAUCAUGUUGGCGACUGGUAAACUACCACCUGAUGCCUUGCCUGGAGACUUAGCUGGGCAGGAUUGUAUUCUUGGUCUUGAGUUUGCUGGAAGGGACAGCAAGGGCAAGAGGGUCAUGGGAAUGGUGGCAGCACGGGGAUUGGCCACCACUGUUCUCGCAGAUCCUGGAUUCAUGUGGGAGGUUCCAGAGAAGUGGAGCUUCGAGGAGGCUGCCACUGUACCAGUCUGCUAUUCCACGAGCUACUACGCUCUGUUUGUUCGUGGGAAACUGAGGCCUGGUGAGAGUGUGCUCAUUCACGCUGGUACUGGAGGUGUUGGACAAGCGAGUAUUUCCAUCUGUCUGCACGCUGGCUGCAAGGUCUUCACCACUGUUGGUUCCAAGGAGAAACGAGAAUUCCUGAAGAAGACUUUCCCACAGCUGACAGACAGAAAUAUCGGAAACUCCAGGGACACCAGUUUUGAGCAGCUGAUCCUACGUGAGACCAAUGGACGGGGAGUUGACUUGGUACUUAAUUCUCUUGCUGAGGAGAAACUGCAGGCCUCUGUCAGGUGUCUCGCGAAAGAUGGAAGAUUCUUGGAGAUUGGGAAAUACGAUCUGAGCAACAAUUCACCACUUGGAAUGUCAGUUUUCCUCAAGAACACGAGUUUCCAUGGAAUCCUUCUUGAUGCACUGUUCGAUAGUGAUUCGGCGGAUAAACAAGAGGUUGUCAAACUUGUUUCUGAGGGGAUCAAGAGUGGAGCUGUUAGACCACUACCUUCGAGGGUCUUCACGGAGCAACAGAUUGAGGAGGGAUUCAGGUUCAUGGCGAGUGGAAAACACAUUGGAAAAGUCUUACUGAAGAUCAGGGAUGAGGAGUCACGAGGUAUCGCCAAGCCAGCCCUCAAAACAGUGAAAGCUAUCCCCAGGACAUACAUGAAUCCAGACAAGAGUUACAUUCUCGUUGGUGGUCUCGGUGGAUUUGGUCUGGAGCUGGCAAACUGGUUGAUCACACGAGGGGCCAAACACAUUGUCCUGACAUCAAGAUCAGGAAUAAGAACUGGUUACCAAUCCGUCUCGAUUCGCCGUUGGAGGAAGAUGGGUGUCAAUAUCGCAAUCUCAACAGCUGAUGCCACAGAUUCAAAGGGAGCUGAGCAGCUGAUAUCCCAAUCUGCCAAAAUAGCACCUGUUGGAGGAAUAUUUAAUCUCGCCGCUGUUCUCCACGAUGCUCUCAUACAGGAUCUGGAGGAGGGCCAGUUUGUUGCCGUAGCUAGACCCAAGAUCGAUGCCACCAAGAAUUUGGAUGCAGUCUCGAGGAAAAUGUGCCCAUCACUGGACUACUUCGUCGUCUUCUCGAGUGUUUCCUGUGGUAGGGGUAACGCUGGCCAGACUAAUUAUGGCCUUGCUAAUUCAGCCAUGGAGAGAAUUGUUGAGCAGAGGCAGGCUAAUGGCCUACCUGGAUUGGCUAUCCAGUGGGGAGCUAUUGGAGAUGUUGGACUGGUUGCUGAAUCAAUGGGCGACAAUGAUACUGAAAUUGGAGGUACCCUACCCCAAAGAAUGUCGAGUUGUCUCGCCACUAUGGACACCUUCCUCCAGCAGCCCCAUGCAGUGCUCGCUAGUAUGGUUCUAGCUGACAAAAAUAAACCAGGUGACAGUGACAACCAAGUUGGCCUCCUCCAAGCUGUCGCCAACAUCCUCGGCAUCAAGGACGUGAGCGUCGUCAAUACAAGCAAUAGCUUAGCUGAUUUGGGAAUGGACUCCCUGAUGGGAACAGAGAUUAAACAGACACUGGAGCGUAAUUACGAUAUCGUACUCUCUCCCGCUGAAAUUCGAAGUUUGACGUUUGCAAAAUUAUUCGAAUAUUCAAAGGCUGAAGAUAACGAUGUACAUGUUAGUUCAAUUGCACCUAAGGGAACACCAUCACCAACUGCCAAGUCUCCAAGCUCUCCAGAGAAUGGUCCUAGUGAGCAACUGCUCUUCCAAAUAAGUGGAUCAGAAAUUAUUCCAAGUGAGGCACUUAUCAAACUGAAAACGAAAAAAGACACAGGAAUGCCAAUAUUCUUUGUUCACGCCAUUGAGGGAAUUGUUACGACAAUGAAUCUCAUAGCGAGUGAAGUUGAGAGGCCAGUUUAUGGUCUCCAGUGUACCAAGGAUGCACCCGUCACGUCAAUCUCAGAUUUAGCGAAAUUCUAUAUUUCACAAGUGAAGAAAAUUCAGCCAAAGGGGCCUUACACGAUCAUGGGUUAUUCGUUUGGUGCCUGUGUUGCAUUUGAAAUGGCACUUCAGCUUGAAAAUUACAAUGACAAUGUCCAACUUAAACUGCUGGAUGGCUCACCAGAUUAUGUGAAGAUUCAUACACAAGUCAUUGGAAAGCAGGCGGCCAAAAAUGGAACUGAUUUGAAAACUGAUGCCGUUCGUAAAGUUCUGGCUUUCUUCAUCAGGCAGUUUAAUGCCGAUAUCAGCUUCGUGAAUGCCUACAUUGCACUCAAGGAAAUCGAUGAUUAUCGUGCGAUGAUGGAUAGGAUGGCGGAACUCAUUGGCCCAACGCCAUUCAGUAGUGAGGACAUGAAAGUCGCUGGCAUGCUCUUUUAUUACAAAAUUCUAGCUGCUCAUGACUACAAACCAACUAAAAAAUACGCUGGGUCUGUCACACUCAUCAAGUCGACGGACAAUUUCUUCUCAAUUGGCCAGGAUUACAAUCUAUCAGAGCAUUGCUCCCAGAAUGUCAAUAUUGAAGAGUUAUCUGGAAACCACAGGACAAUUCUCGCUGGCGAGAAUGCCAAGAUCAUCGCAGAAAUCCUGAACGUUUAAACCGCAUACCAAGAAAGUAGAUAAAUUAAUGAGGGACUGCAUGGCACACGAUUCCAAAAUUCAAGUUUAAUUAGAAAGACAAUUCUUUUCGUCUCUCGUGAUGAUUAUUUCUUUUGUAUAUAAAAUGUUAAUGGAAAACUUAAUGAGGAAUUUUCUAUUUUUCAUUGAUGGCAACAAAUUCUUGUUGAAAUUGAGGAGCUUGAGGAAGUAGGUAGGAUAAUGGAAUUAAUACGAAUAUAAUUCUUAUGCACAAGUGAGCUAGGCAAUAAGGGAAUGUAGAUUUUUAGUAUUCUUUCAGUUAUUUUAAGGUGAAUGAAAUAUUUUCACAAUUUCUGUGAAAUUUGAUGAAUACUUUUAUAGAAAAGAUAUAUAUUUUUUUUCAAUUGAUAAAAAUUUGUCGCCACAAAUGAACAUUAGGGAAUGGUACAGCAAUUCCAUGUAAAUUUUCAUUUGUCUUAUUGAGAGAGCAUGAUUUUAAGAUAGGUAAUAUUGAUAAUUAAAUAGAUUUAAUAAUUAAUGAAUAACGAACAAAUGGAAUGAGAUACCAAGAAUAUUUAUACGGUUUUUGAAUGGGAACUUGGUGGACAGAGUUCACAUUGUUAAGCUGUAUGAAUAGGUACCCAAUGUAGGUGAAUAAAAAAUAAUGCAAUUAAUAUAUUUAUUUCUUAUUGAUCAUUUGAAGGAGGAAUAAGUCAUUUCGUUAAAUUAACAGAAUUUAGGCAGAUAUUUUCUUUUUAUUCUUUCACCCACUUUUCAUAUACAUUCCACAUUGUCAUUUUAUCUUUUAUUAUUGUAUAUGAUGUGUACUUCAACUGAGUUAAUUAAUGUGCAUAAAUACAUAAUCAAUAUGCAUUGUAUACCCAGUAAGUGGAAUUAAAAGAAAAAACAAGACUUCAAAUUAUCAAUAUACUAUGGCUAAUCUAAUAUCGUAAGGUUGUAUUGAAAGUAAUAAAAGUCAUUCCGAAUGAAA